AUGGCAUUGCAUCAAGUUGUUCUCGUCGUCGUCAUUAGCUUACUAUAUCUUCAGAGCUCCCUCCAACAAACCAAACCACAACCUCUCAAAGAUAUUGAGUGUGGUCAAAUAAAGGAGUUCGAGGCAGGUGAUUGUCCAAGGUGCGCUUCCCAGUUUCAAGCCCUCUUAGCACUUUCAAAAGUUCUGUCGCAUCAAAAGGCCUGUCAAUCAACCCGAGUAGUUGGCUCAUUGACAUCUGCAUUCUCUUGUUUGUCAACCGCAAACCGAUCCAGUGCAUACCGCAAAAUCAUCUACGACCCCGAUUCAACCCUUGACCAAACUGAAAGAAGUGUUGAAAGGACUUCCGGAAGCUGUGUGACACGCAUCGACAAUCCGAAAUUCAUGAAUGUUCCCAAGGGGAUAAUUGAAGAUGCAUUUGACCAAAUUGGAGCAAAAUGUAACGGUCGUGCUGGUAAUGUGACUCUCCCAGGUUUUGACGGGGUCAGCUUGUUGACCAGACGGCAUACCAAGCCAGGUGCAUCUUCCUAUGAGGAUGAUGUGGAGACAAACCGAGUGUUCUGCUACAAUAACCCCAAAUUGGCCAAAACAGUGAAGGAAGAUUGUAUAGAGGCCUACAGAUUGAUCCCUACCAAUGCAGAAGGGCGCUUGGUGUCAAUUGACCACCAUGAACCCAAAAGUGAAAUCUACUCUUCUGCCAAAAAAUGUGUUGCCGGGCCGGGUAAAAACAUGAGAUUUUGA